AUGAAGAUAAAGAUGAAGGGGGAGAUCAUGGAGGGAGAUGAGAAGCAGCCAAGGAAUGAGCUGAUCCCAGAUCCUGAGGGGCGCUGGAUGCCAUUCCCGCCGUUCCAAAGCACCUUUGCCCAGGCGUGGCAGAAAAACGAGUCUGCCAAGGUCCCGAUCCCCUCUGCGGGGCUGCAUUGGGAUCACUCCGUUCCCGAUCCCGGAAAUCCCGAUCCCGGAAAUCCUGGAAAUCCCGGAAAUCCCGGUGAUCCCGAUCCCGAUCCGGUCCGGGCGCUGCGCCGAUCCGUGUCCAGCAGCAUCGACGUCCCCGGCAGGCGCUCCGCGGCCCCGCUGGACGUGGACGAGAUGGUGGCGGCGCUGGUGCUGACGAGCCUCUCCUGCAGCCCCGCCGUGCGCAGCCCCCCGUGGCCGGAUGGGGACCCCUGGAAGGACGGGGACGUUUCGGACGGGGGCAGCAGCACCGGCAGCGCCAGCAGCGGCCACUGGAGCGGGGGCAGCGCCACGGGCAGCCCCAAAAACUGUGGGGUCAGCGCCACGGGCAGCCCCAAAAACUGUGGGGUCAGCACUGAAAACUACGGGGUCGACCCCGAAAACU